UGAUCGAGUGGAGUGUGAAUGAGUUGGGAUCGUUCGAGCGAGUCAAGUUGCGAGUGCGAUCACGGAGCGAUUCGUUUGCGCACAGUCGUUUGAGAGCUUCCGUCAUGGAAGGCUGCAGCGCGUAACCCCGGGGUCUUGAAGCUGCGUACGUGCGGUUGAUCGAGUGGAGUGUGUGCGUACUGUGGUUGGUGCUGUUGUCCGAGAGUCUCAAAACCAAUGUACACAACCGGAUUCACCUAUAGGAAGCGAAGGAACGGAACAUAAGGAAACAGUAAAGCCGACACACGUAAUAAACAGGGUGGCUGAGUGAUUGUUGCUACGGGAAACGGCCACGAAUAACGCUCGAAAACGAAAGAGGUGCAAGAUUUAAAUCAUAGGAACCCUUUGGAAGUUUGAAGGUCACUCAGGUUUCUUCUGGCCAAGAGGACCAAUUCCGUUGGUUGAUGUGGUGGCUGGGCAGCUUUUCAAAACCAUCCGCCCAAGUGGGAUUUAUAUUUGAGUGUUGCGCUGUGUGUGUGUCUGUGUGAAUCGAGAAAAACAUGAGGGAAAUGGUACGUGGAAACGCAUAAAAAAGUACACAAGCAAGCUUCAUCUCUUCACAGGUCAAAGUGAAAGUGUGCAAAUAUCCGCAAAAACCGGCAAGAACAACCGGGCAAAACUGAAACGUCGGUACUUGCCCGUCGGUUGGCGUCGUGCAAAUCCCCCAAUAGUCUCGAUUACGUGAUUACGGGGGGCGAUCGCUGUGUGUCUCUGUAAAAAUAGGAAUUCACCACCAUUUAGCGAAAAACCGACCGUGUACCGGCUUUUCCCGCUUGCACCCGAGGGAGCCUGGUGGAAAACCUGAAGUCGUGCAUCGUGCAAAAGAAACACGGGCCUGAAACAAAAGAAAAUCACCCUCGGGGUUCUUUACUCACGCGGCAGCUUACAAAUGGUGGAAAUGUCAGUGCCAAAUGAUGGAGAUCGCCCGGCGAAGGAGUCGUUGCCGGGUGGUGCGGCGGUACCAGUGGGAACGGGGCUGCAAGAUGGGCGGCAGGGCCGACGGAAGCCAUUCUUCGAAAAGUUCGGCACACUGCUCAAGCAGCGAUCGGAUGCGUUCCUGCUGCACGUAAACAAUCCCGUACCACCGCACAGCGACGAGUCGUCGGAUCCGCUGGGUGCUGCGAACGGACCGGCCGCCAUUCUACACCCGGCAGGGAUUCAACCGAUCGUCGCCAACGGAGAUGUCUCACCGGCCAGGGCGGGCAAUGCUGAAAACUAUGUGGAGAUACUGUACGAGAAGGUGUUGCACGAAAUCAAACAGGGCAACAUCAUCGACCGACAAAAGAAGCUCACCCAAAAGAGUCUCUAUGCCUACAUCCAGGAAGCGUUCGGUGUGGACGAGACGAGACAUGCCGUGCUGGAGCAACGGGUCGACACCAUGCUCGCCCAGGACAUCUACCUGCGCGUGGAGAUUAUGGAGGCAAAGCUAAACAGCCCACCGGAAGGACCAGAACAGCUACUCCCGAACGCGUUCGUGAUCGUCUAUCUGCAGGAAAAGCCGCGCGAAACACAUCGUACCGCAACGAUACCGAGCACGGUGAAUCCCGCGUGGAAUCAACAGUUUCCGGUAGCUGUCAAGCAGGACACGAAGGAAACACUUAUCAUCGAAGUGUUCAACAACUCGAACAAUCCGAACAAAUUCCUGCGAGCGCUACGCAUCGCAAGGAAGUAUCUGCUGUCCCUGUUUAAUCCGGUCGCUUCUCAUGCGAAAAUGAUAGGCCGAGCGAGCAUUCCGUUGGAGUCCAUCACCUCGACCGGGUUGGUAUCGUGGUACAAUCUGUCGAAGAAGAAAAAGCCUGACCCGCAAGGCACCAUUAAGGUGAAAUUCUUCUUCACUUCCAAGCUGGAAAAGGCUACCGCGAAGCACGAGUACGAGCAGAUGCUACGCUGCAUCCUGGAGUAUGAGCUGCGCAGCUCGAGUGUGGCCCGUUACUGGUGGGCCGGCAAGCUAACGAGCGAAGGUGAAGCCAUUCUGCAACAGUACACCAAAUGUGCCAAUCUGACUGCCCUCGAGCAGACACUUAUCGCUUGGUUUGUGUACACGCAAGUGCACUUGACGUAUCCACUAUCGAUCAGCUUGCUCGAGAGCGUGCUGGACAAGCUGUGCGUUGGGUACGAUGUGGCCCUCACGUCGGACGAGGAACGGGAACGCUUUUGGGAAGGUGCGAGGCGUAUCUUACCGUCCUGUCUGUCGAUUAUCGUGAAGAUGCGUAAACGGUUGGCUGGGGAUAAGGAUAUCGUUAAGACGGUCAGCUCGGUGCUGCAGCUGCUGGCGAAGGCUGAUCAGCUGGCAGCGCGGAAAGGAGCUAAUCUGUUUUCUGAGCCUACCGUACGCACCCUGAAGCAGAUGGCACUGGACUGUACGAAACAUUCCACCAUGAAGGAGGCAACAGUGUUGGCCGUUCAGCUCGGGGCAAGAACCUGGUUCGAGACGUCCCUUUCGGCCGCCAUCGAGGGCAGCCAGACGAACGAAGACAAGCUGCGGUCGUUGAUCAAGUUCGUGCAGCUCCUGCAGUCCGAUCUGCUGCGUGCCAAGACGUACUACGAUGGAGUCUUUAAGAGCGUAAUGGAGAUUGAUUAUAGUCGGGAGAUCUGCAUCCAACACGAGGCACGCAUCGUUUCCCAUCUCCGACCGAUCGUACAGACGAUCUGCAACGGGUUCAAGAAGAUCACCCUCCGGAUGGAGCAGCUGGAGCGUCGGGCCGAGAUGGAAAGCCUCGACAUGAGUUCCACACUGUUCGAGCUGUACCUGAUUCUGAAGCUGUUCCUGCAGCAAACCGACACGGUCGUACAGUGUGCCCACAAUCCGUACAUUGUCGAGUUUCACCAGUGGUUCCGGGGUGGGAUCGUGUACUAUCUGGAUGUGUUUGCGAUAAAGACGAUUUCGCGUGUAGUGACCGUGCUCGAGGAGGAUGAUCUUCGCACCGUUGGAACAGCCGACCGUCCAAAGUACUCUUCCUCCACGGGUGAGAUACUGGAGAUCAUUUCGCAGAUCAAGAUCUUCUGGGAUCAGCUGGCGUGGCCGGAUAAGGAUGAGAUGAAGAAGUUCCUGAAGCGAAGCAUUGGUGAUAUCUGUAGCUGUUGCAUUUUCUACGCCGAUCGUCUCCUUUCUAAGGUGAAAACAUUGGAAGGAUCUCCUACCAGCACCGCGGGAGGAUUAAACUCGGCCCAGCUAGCAACACUAGAACGAUCGCUAAUGGUACUCUCGAACGUGAGCAUUCUUAUCAAGAGUCUAGCACGAUUACCCCAAGAACUGGGAUACAGUCAAACGCGAACCGGUGCCGGAGGCGGUACAGACCCUUCGGAUAAACCUCGGAAAACUUCGCUCGAACAACUGAUGGCUGACGAGAUGUUACCGAUCGACGGUCUGUCAAGCUGGCGACAGAAGUGCGUUCGCUACAUUGCCGAUCACGUGACUCAGACAACCCGAAGCCUGGUUGUUGCCUGCGGUGAGGUGUCCAUGAACGGUGGAAGUCCCACGGGGACGGGGACCACAAUUGGCGGUGGAUUCUUUUCCACCAAACAACAACCAUCGCCGGUGGAAAACGUCGAACGAUUACGGCACUGGAUCGUCCAGUCGGCAACCCUGCUCAAGGAAGGACUAACCGAAGCUGAUCUACACGCGGUGGAGCAGGAUCUUUGGACGUCGCUCGAGACAACGAUGGAUGAGAUCAUCAAAAAGCUUCUAGAGAAAAAAGACUCGCUGGCAACGUUCCAGCGGUUGCGGAACUGUUACGAGCAGCUCACUCAACACUACUUCCGCACGCUCGCCGAGACGAUCGCUUGCUCCACGAUCGGCGAACGGUUGGAAACGUUUAGCUGCACCACCAGCGAGCUCAUCCACCGGUACUAUCUGGAGCGUGUGCGGCAGCAGGAACAGCUGGAAGAGCCCGAAAACGGGCAACUCACCGUACGCUGCUGGUUUCAACCGGACGGGCUACAGAUUAAGGUGCUGCGGGCCGACCAGUUACGGUUGCCGAAGGACUACAAACACUCGUGCGACAGUUACGUGAAGAUAAACGUACUGCCACCGGAUCAGUUCGGACCACCACCGCUGCCGGAACUGAAGACAAAAACUAAGUCGAAAAACUUUUCCCCCAACUACAACGAGUCGUUCACGCUAAAAAUUAACCCAGUCCAACAUUCCCUGAAGGACGCACUGCUCAUGCUGAACGUGAAGGUGUCCGAGCUGCUUGGACUCAGCCAGAAGCAUAUCGGCGAAUGUUUCCUACGUCUCGAUGCCAUUCCGGUGGUGCGCGAUGCGAGCGAAGCGCACGAGAUCGCGCCCAUCACCAUUCCACUCAGCCUGCCAUUCACCAUCGCCUCCUACUCCGUAACGGCACUCGAAAAUCGGAACCAUGACAAAAUGGCGGCACAGUUUCUGAAGAAGCUUAAGCAAAAGAUGGGCAUCGCACCGUACACGAUGAGUACGCUCAGUCUGUGAGCGCUGCCUGCUGCUGGUGAUAGUUGAAGCUAGAGCUAGCUUUACGCUCUACUAGGACAACACACUUUGUGACUAGUUAGCUAGGUGAUACAGUGAUAUCGCAUCAGCCCUUGUUUUUAAAAACCAUAGAAAUAAAAUGCUUUUUAUACAGUAAAUGUCGUGAGGGUGAGAUAAGAGUUUUUUUGUAGCUUACUGUACCAGCUGCCAAUCUACUCAUCAUGCUCAUAUUCUAAUUUUGUAUCAUAAAAAGGAAACUGAAAUACAACUACAGUUUGAAUAAAUCUGAAAAAAAAAA